UAGAAUGAGGCUGUAACGUAACAAACUAUGGAAGCAGGCAAGGGGUCUGAAUACUUUCCGAAGGCACUGUAUUAUCAUAAUUUUAUAAAUCCUGAGCCCUUCUCUGAUGGAUUAGAAAGCUAAUUUUUCCCCCACUGUGUUUGGGUUAGUAAUCAUUGGUAGAGUGUCUCUAUUUUCCCUCAGUAUGCAUUUUUUCACUAUUCUGAAUGUCUAAAGAAUCCAUAUGUUCAGAAAUAUUAACACAGAAAUACUGGACAUUGUACUGGACAACUCUUAUGGUGGUGAGUUGACAAAAUGACCUGAUACCAUGCUAGUGUCAACAGAGAUACAGUACUAGUAACCUGAUACCAUGCUCGUGUCAACAGAGAUACAGUACUAGUAACCUGAUACCUUGCUAGUGUCAGAGAUAUUAGUAACCUGAUACCAUGCUAGUGUCAACAGAGAUACAGUACUAGUAACCUGAUACCAUGCUAGUGUCAACAGAGAUACAGUACUAGUAACCUGAUACAUGCUACUGUCAACAGAGAUACAGUACUAGUAACCUGACACCAUGCUACUGUCAACAGAGAUACAGUACUAGUAACCUGAAUAGCUGUGGUGAUAUUGUCUUUAAAGACUCUACUGCGACAUCCAUGUUUUUCUUUGUGUCAUUUGUUCAUAAAUAAAAUUGACCACAAAGGGUUCAUACUUUCACAGUUUAGCUCCAAAAUUUCACUGUGCCAAUCUAAGAUCUUUAAGGGGAACACGUUCUGAUGGGGAGGUGUUGUGUGAUGGAACACCGGCCCUCAGGCGUCAUCAUGGACAUUGGUUGAUGUAUCAGACAUCUCAUUGUUGACCACCACCGGCUCGUUCCAUGUAAUUAACUAUAUAUGGGGCUAGUGGCUAGCUAGACGUUACGUUCCCCAGUUUCUGUGUUGUGGGUUUGUUUGUAUGUAUGUGUUUCAGGAUGGCUUCCUGAAGCCCAAAGCAGCUGAUUGGUCGACCCCAUCGAUAAUUGGAGCUCUGACCCCGCCCUCUCAUCAAAGGAUACAGCUGUCUUCAAUUACAGACUCCUUCUGCAUUUUUACAAGCCAGUGUUCCUUUGUUAGGAGGGGGAGCUUCUUGGGGGGACGGGGAAGACACCUUGGGAGUGCUUAGGCAAGAGGACUGCGUGUAUACAUACCCAUAGUAUGUACUUUGUCUAUGCACACUAGAUCGUAUAACAGAGGUGAAUACCAAUGUCUACGUCACCAGCUUUGGCCCAGUUUCAGAUACAGACAUGGAAUACACCAUAGACGUGUUCUUCCGGCAAAGCUGGAAAGACGAGAGGUUAAAAUUCGACGGGCCCAUGAACAUACUGCGGCUGAACAACUUGAUGGCCAGUAAAAUAUGGACGCCAGACACGUUCUUCCACAAUGGGAAGAAGUCAGUGGCUCACAACAUGACCAUGCCCAAUAAACUACUGAGGAUUCAAGACGAUGGCACCCUGCUUUACACCAUGAGGUUGACGGUUCACGCAGAGUGUCCGAUGCAUCUGGAGGACUUCCCCAUGGACUUCCACUCAUGUCCCCUGAAGUUUGGCAGCUAUGCCUAUACAAUGUCAGAGGUGACUUACGUCUGGACUAGUAAGGCUGCCGACUCUGUGGUGGUGGAAGGAGAGAGCUCCCGUUUGAACCAGUACGACCUUCUCGGCCAAACAGUGGGCCAAGAAACCAUCAAGUCCAGCACAGGCGAAUACACUGUCAUGACGGCACAUUUCCAUUUGAAGCGGAAGAUUGGAUACUUUGUGAUCCAGACCUAUCUACCAUGCAUUAUGACCGUUAUCCUCUCCCAAGUGUCCUUCUGGCUGAACAGAGAGUCCGUGCCAGCUAGGACUGUGUUUGGUGUAACCACUGUCCUGACAAUGACCACCCUGAGUAUAAGUGCUCGUAACUCCCUCCCCAAGGUGGCCUACGCCACGGCCAUGGAUUGGUUCAUCGCUGUCUGCUACGCCUUUGUCUUCUCUGCCCUCAUCGAGUUUGCCACCGUCAACUACUUCACAAAGCGCAGCUGGGCCUGGGAUGGGAAGAGCAUUGUGAAUGACAAGAAAAAAGAGAAGCCGUCCACCAUGAAGAAGAACAACGCGUAUGCCGUGGCGGUGGCCAACUAUGCGCCCAACAUCACCAAGGACUCUGGGUUGUCCACCAUCGCCAAGGGCGGCGCCGUUGACCCCAACAUGGCGGUUGGCAAGGUGGGUGGCAAAACGGACCCAAAGAAGACUUUCAACAGUGUGAGCAAAAUCGAUAGGAUUUCAAGGAUUAUGUUCCCUGUCCUGUUUAGCAGCUUCAAUUUAGUCUACUGGGCCACGUACCUAAACAGAGAACCGUAUAUAAAGGAUAUGGUGCCCUCAACCUAGAGGUCUCUCCCUUCUGCAUUGUAAUACAUCUGAAUUACGGAACUAAAAUACUCACCAAAUAUAACCAGUAUCUGCUAACUCUUGGUUUGUUGGUACAAGACAGACAAGCCCUGGAUUGCUUUCUCUCCCCCUGUGUCCUGUUUUUUCUACACCACAUUCUGCAGUGCUUUUGGAAACAACUGCUUUUGUAAAUAUAGAUGUAUUUAUAGUCAUGACUUGUGUUUGGUUAUGUAAAUCAUUGAACAAUACAUUUCUCUUAUGGUUUUAUUGACCAGUGAUGUUUACAUGUUUGAAAAGUCUACGAUAGGAACCUUGAGAUGUUUAUUUGCAGAAUCGAGAGAUUUAAGUCAAAACGUUGUUUUUUUUUAUAGUUUAAAAAAUAUAUUUCUUAUGUUAACUUUUUUUUUGUGGGCUAACAAGUUAAUGUUUCUCAUUAACCAGGGAUUUCUCAUUUAUGGUAUGACGUUAUCUUUUUCUAUACAAGCCAAUGCAAAAAAAGAGUUAUCUUUUUUUUAAUGCUUUUGUUGUAUUGCAAUGUAACUUAUUAUUGUUAAACAAAACAUCAACAUAAGCAAAACAAACCAUACUGUGUAAUAAUGUUUCAAGUUGAUUAUUAUCAUUUUUAUUUUAUUUAUACAUACUACGUCGAAGGCAGGUGCCAUCUUCCUCACACAAAACAGCACUGAACUGUGCAAAAGAAAGACCACGAGUGUCACGGUCGUCCUCCUCUUCAUCUGAAGAGGAGAGGCGAGAUGGAUCGGAGGACCAAAAU